AACCAAAUACUGUUUUAGAAACCCGUUCUAGACAGUCCAAAAGUCUUUUCACAUUUUGCCUCACAAACUUUUAAGUAUUUUAUUGGUAUUUAAUGCGAUAGACAAGCACUGAGAAGUUUCUUUGUGUCUACAAAUGGAAUCAGAAAAUUGUGGCAUCCUGUUGAAUUCAGUCGCCGUGUGCAAAUAUUUUGCAUAGCCACCGUUACAUCGAUAGAAACGCAGCCAUAAGAGGUCACAAGCCAGUGAUUCCUCGUACCAGUCCCACGUCUGGAAAAUGCAGAGGGUUGUGUCAGGAAGGAAAAUCCAACAUACAAUCUAAACCUGAUCAAAUACGUGACUCACAAACAUCAAUUCUGUACGGGAUUGGUUGAGGCCAGGGUCAAUAAUGCCCUGAAACGUCGGCAUCGUUAGCAUCUACUGCAGUGAGACUCCAUCUGAUAGACAAAAUAUACUAUUUAUGUGAGAUUAUGACAUGUGGAAUGUAAUACUCAUAAUAUUAUGCACACUGACGAUGCAUUGGAAGCCCUGUACUUCGAUCUUUUGCACCAGUAACUAGCUUCCCCGUCGUGUUUUGCAUGGUCUCACCUGACUAGACCUUGCUUGCAGUAUCCUUCACCUGGCUUUCUUUCAAAACAAGUAACUAGUACUGAUGUGACAAUAGCGUUGUACUGCUUUGAAAAGAAUGUUUCCUGCAUAUUUGGAGCAAUCCUGCCCAUAAAAAGUUCACCGCCCUACUUAAAAAAGAACUUAUGUAAGAAUAAUAUGUCUUCAUAAAACUGACAGAGGAAAUUGCUUGAAAGCAAGAUGUGCUCUUCUGUGUGUGUGUUAACUAAAGAGGACGGAAGUAACAGAUCUAAAGAAGGAGAUAAAGAGGCUUGUGUAUACACCAUGAUACCAACACAAACAGGAGAUUCGGCCUCGAUAAGGAAAUGAAGGAAAAGGGCGCAGCUCAAAUAAACCAUAACCGAUGCGCCAGUGCAUCCCUCGCCCUCGUCGCUCUCCAACCGAAAUGCUCGCUGGACACACACGGGGAGAUGAAAGUCAGAGGGCAGCUGCGGAGGCAUUUCUGAAAGAGCAGCAGGGAAAGGCAUUCCGUGAAUGUUCUCAUCAGAGUUGGAAUCAGGACUUAAACACAGCCCAUCAAGGCUCACAAGAAUUCUCUGAGGUUGCAGAGCUCUGCUGCAAAAGAACAACAGCGGACGUUUAGGUCAGACGCUUCUCAUCUGAGGGAACAAACGUGACACCCGAGGCAAUUACAGGUUACGGUGGAGUGAGGAUCGGCCAGAGGUGGCUCAGAAAUUGGGACUCUGGGUGUGGGAGCUCUGCGCUCCUGUGGUGGACAAGUGAGGCAGAGCAUCCACAGAUGUUCAGAUGGAGAUUUAGUGUCUGUGAGGUGGAGGCUGACUGCGCAGUGAGAAGAGACAGUACAGGAAAAGCAAGGAGUUCUUUUUCUGUGAGGAAUGAAGGGCACGGAAGACAAGGUCUGGUAGAUCCUCAACGAGACUUUCGUUCAUUUUCAGGAUGAAGAAGAGGUAUGCCUUUUGGAGUCAGCUGAGGAAAAAGUAACUUCUUUGAGUUUUUUAUAACACGUUCAUUUCUUAGAGAUACCAAUGAAGGAAUCGGAUCAAAUCAAAGACCUGACCUGGGAUUUUGACCAAUCCUGGGACUCGAUCAUUAAACCGGCCGCGUGCCUUUGCCUCAACACCUUGGAUUUCUCUGACCUCUUCGAUGAAGACGACAGUGAAGAGGACGAGCAGCUCCUUACAUCACCACCAAGUCAACACCUGUCCGUGGCACCUCCUCCGCCACCUCUUCCGCCACCUCUUCCACCACCUCUUCCUCCGCCUCCCGUUUUACCUUCACCAUCUAAAGGUGCAGGGAUUAAGAGCCACACCCUGAAGCUUCACUGGAGGGAGCUCCAGAACCUGACCCCGCUUCCCAGGAUGACCCGCUUUGGGAAGCAGACUAUAUGGGCCGGGCUGGAGCCAGUGCAGUUGGACACGAACCGUCUGGAGUAUUUGUUUGAGUCUAAGACCACCAGCACCAGUUUUAUGGUGGCUUCUGGGCGGCAGAAACAGUCGUCUAUUUCAGUGCUGGGCAUGAAGCGCAGUAACAUCAUAACCAUCGCCCUGAGCAGCCUGCCUCCGCCUCGCCUCCUCCCUCCUGCUAUCUACAGCAUGGACAGCAGCGUGCUGGACAGAGAGGACCUUCAGCGACUGGAAGCUCUGAUCCCAACAGAGGAAGAGCUUUGCCUGAUCAACGAAGCCAAGGCCCAGAACCCCCACGGUUCCCUGGCCCAGGCUGAACUGUGCCUGCUCACUCUGGGGGAAAUACCUCACCUGAGUACAAGACUUCAGCUCUGGACCUUCGCUCUGGACUACGACUCCUUGGAGAAGGAAAUCGCUGAGCCUCUGUUCCACCUCAAGCUGGCCAUGGAGCAGCUGGCCACCAGCCAGACCUUCAGGUGCAUCCUAGCGACCGUGUUAGCCAUCGGUAACUUUCUCAACAGCUGUAAGGCCCGUGGCUUUGAGCUGAGCUACCUUGGAAAGCUGUCCCAGGUGCGGGACACGCACACACGCCAGCCGCUGCUGCACCACGUCUGCGUGCUCCUGCUGCAGCUCUACCCACAAUCCUCUGACCUCUACUCUGACAUCACCGCCGUCACUAAAGCCGGCAAGUGUGACUACUCUCUAGUCCAGUCCAACUUUGCGCAGCUGGAGGCCAUGUGCAAAGCAUCAUGGGAGCAGUUGAAGGUUCUGGAAAAGGCUGAGGAAAAGAGGAAAGGAGGAAAAGGGGAUAAGCGGAAAGGGAAAGACGUGGAGAUGUUCGCUCCAGAGGGUUCGCUCCGUCACAAACUGCCCAAGAUCCUGAAAGAGUGCGAGGAGCGGCUGAAGGUCCUGAGAGCCGUCCACCGUCGGGUUGUCAACAGGUUCCACUCGUUCCUCAUGUUCCUGGGUUACUCCCGAGCCAUGGUGCGAGACACCAGAGCGGAGGACUUCUGCAGGACCAUCAGCAACUUCUCGCUGGAGUACCGGUCCACGAGGCAGGCCGUCCUCCUGCAGAGGGAGCGGGAGAGGGAGCGGCAGAAGAUCGGAGGUGAAAGCCCGGGGCCCAGCACGCCUGUGGGCAGGAGGAAAGGUCAUCUAACUCCAGCGUCACAGGAAAGCGACGAGCAAAGCCGCCUGGAGGAAGUGCUGAGAACGCCGGAGUCCGUUCCGAAGAGGGAUGGAACUUUACCACGAAGCCGCCGACGGAUGGCUGACAUCAAAGAUUCGUUUUCAAGAAAACUGAAAGCAUGACCUUGCCGACGUUCCCUUUUAGUCACUGGAGAAAGUUAUUUAUGAUGUUGCCGUUACACUGAACUGCUGAUCUCUUAUGUUCCCAUAUUUUACCGCGUUUCGCUGCAGAGCUUUUGUGGAAUACAUGGGAAGCUUUGCGUUGAGGAUCAAUUUUGUCAUUUGCAUGAGACAAACCAUUGCUCUUGUUGUUUUUAUAAAUAGCUAAAUUAAAGUUAGAUUGGGAAAAAAAAAAGUAUCCUUAUGAAGAAAAGCUGAUGCUAAUAGCUUAGAUUUCAAUCCGUUUUCGACUAUCAAGCUAAAGCAACAGCUAAAGCCAGAUGUUUACAUCGACAUAUUUUUUUCUCGCUGUCUGGUACUUAAUGCAAUAACGUUUUUCUGUUUUCACUCAAAAAUAUCACCACCUUUGUGUGAUAGCAAGAAAUGUGCAUUUGUAUAAUAUUUUAAUUUGCAUUUAGCGGUCAUAAAUUGCUGUUGUUUGUAAUAAACUUCUUUUUUUUUUUAAAUAUGCAUAUUAAUGUAUGUGUGUUUAGAGAAAAUAAAUAAAAUGAUUUACCAAAGGAA